UGCCACGUUCUUUCUAAAGUCUCCUUUUGACCAAAAUGGUCUCUAUUUUCCUUCUCCUUACAGUGAGUUCAGAUUUGAAAUACAUAAUAUGAAAUUUUCACAAGGAUCACUCCAAAAAUUUCCUAAAGAAUUUUUUUCAUCAAUUCCAGUUUUCCACUGAUUUCUCUGUUGUUACUUUAGCAGAUCUUUCAUAGAUAACGCCAGGAGUUCUUCCAAGAAAAUCCCCUAUGGUUUAUUCCCGAGUUUUUGAAGAAAUUCGUUGGAAUUCUGUUUUUCCAGAAACCCCUACAAGAAUUUACAAGUUCGUACGUUGAUAUUUUCAGUUAUUAGUGGAAAUUUGUAUUUCUUUGGAUUAUUUUUAUUAUUUUUCUGCUGGUCUGUGUGGUCUCUUUGUUAUUCCUGUUCAGUCUCUUUUUGGUCUCUAUUUUCAAGCACAAGGUCUCUAAACAGGCCUAUUUUAAAGGCACUCAGUCGCUACCCAUUCUGCGUAGCCCCUAGAAAAAAUGUUUUUUUUUUUUUAUUGUUUUCUGACAUUUUAUGUAGAAUUUAUCUCAAUUAUAAGCAUUAAUUCGAGUAAUCUAAAAACAUGAAACAAACGGAAAAUGCAUGAUCUUGUCGCCUAAAACUAUAGAGCUUAAAAGGAUGUUUCCAUGAGUCAAUGGUCCCUUCAAUAUCGACACAUGGAAGUUUCAUUAUUCAUAAAUAAAAAUGGAAUGGUCACAAUUUGGCUAGGAAAAGGGUCAAUCAAGUGAUUCUAAAUGCUUGUAAGAAGCUUAAAGUUAGGAAAAUUCUAACUUUGACCGCUAGUCUUGAAAUAAGUUGAUAAAAACUACAUUUUUCUGGAAGUGUGCCCAUUAUUCUGGAAGUCCCAUUAAUUGCGGGAUUUAAUAUAUCGGCAUACAUUUUAUAACGUCAAUAAAUGUGUCAUCAUUUAUCUAAUUUAUCGGGAAGCUUGCUGUUAUCAAUCAAACUUAAACAUUAAACUGCUCUCCAAUAAUCUCGUCCAAGGCGUUAUCGAUCGACAUGUGACCCGUAUUCCUUACGACAAUAGCUACGUAGACAUUAUACCAAGAUAAUUUGAUCCGGAUCCGCGAUUAUAUUUAAACGUGAUAAAGAGAUAAUCUUUCGAUAAAUUUUCUUUUCGUGGUAUGCGUUUGAGACGUUGAAAUCAAGUCGGUCACAAGCACAGUACAUAUUGUGAAUCAGUCGCUAUCGGAUACCAGGUGAUUCUUGAAGUUAUUCCGGGAAGUUGCGUUCCGUUGUUGUAUGAUCUUUAAUUGGUCCGUCAGAUAUGAGCAUUCAUCAUCAUCACUUUAAGCUGCCGCCUUAUCAGAAGCGUAAAAAUAAUGUAACCGAGCGAAAGAGGCAUUUAUCGCUGAGGAUGUCUGCUGGACAGGAUUAUCCGACCCUGCCGGAAGGGCUUCAACCGAUGGACGAUCAAGUAGCAGGACAUGCGUUCUUCGAUACAGCUGAUAGCGUUGGUCUAUUGAAAUGUUCCGAGGAUGCUUCAGUUCUGAAACCAGCGGGGAAGCUCCUGUGCGGUCUGCGUGAAAUCAAGUUCUACGAGCAAAUACAGACGGCCACAACGGAAACCGAUUUGCUGGCGUUGAAAGAUACCAUUCCUCAGUACCUGGGUCACAUGAAGCUUCCCGUCGAUGGCAAGCUGUACGAGUUCAUCAAACUUUCGGAUUUGACCUACGGAAUGCUGGAACCUUGUAUCAUGGAUGUGAAGAUAGGCUGCCGUACUUGGGACCCUCAGGCGUCGGAAGAGAAGCGAAAGGCAGAGGAGUCGAAAUAUCAAGCUUGCAAGCGAAACCUAGGCUUUUGUAUACCCGGGUUCCAGGUAUAUUCGAUAGCCAAUGGACGGCGGAUGCGUUAUGGCAAGGACUACGGGAAGAAACUCACCGAAGUUACCGUGAAAGAUGCAUUCCGGAAGUUCCUAAACGCCGACAGUGGUCUGUGCCGGCAGUUGUUGAUGCAGUUCCUGUCCGAUCUGUGGACAAUCCAGAAGUGGGCCCGUACCCAAACCAGCUUCCGGCUAUACUCCAGCUCCGUCCUGUUAGUGUACGAUGCUCGUCGUCUCAAGCCAGUAUUGCAGUAUCAAUCGAAAAGUCUGAGUAGCUCUAGUUCUAAGCUUACCAGCUGCAAUACCAGCAGUGGUCCAACUGGCACUGGUACUAGCAGCACGACGAGCAGUCCCCUUGGUGGUCCCAGUUCAACGCCUGGAACACCGACUAGCGGUGAAAUCGAACCGUUGCAGCAUUACUUUAAAAUCCAAAGAAGUCACUCGGCAUUCAAUAACUACGAAGAGGACAUGAAAGCUAUGCGUGAGAAUUACGUUUUUAUGCGAGAUAAUCUAGUCGGAUCGUACGAGACAAAAGUGUGGGCCUCUGCGCGUAUGAUCGAUUUUGCGCACGCAUUUCCCGCAGAGGAGAGCACAAUCGACUCCAACUAUUUGCAAGGCGUGGAGAGUUUGGUGAAAAUAUUUGAGGAUUUCCUGAAGGAUUGUGAACUGGAAAACUCCCCGAAAGGGGGUGUGCCAUAAAUCCCGACGAGGUACGCCGCACAGAACUGAGCCUAAGCAUCAAAGCAAUGAUUUGCGUUUUGCAAUUAGGGUUCCAAAUCUUAACAAUUAAUCGGUUGAAUUGUUGUGUUUAGAUGUAGUUAGUCAUACAAUAGCUAUUUCGCGUUUUAAUCGUGAAAAAAAAACCAAGCACAAGGCACUGAAUCCGAUGCAUUCAGUAUAAUAUAACCCACUCCAUUCAUGUGACAGUGUUUGAGCCUCCCCUACUUACCUAAAUUAUUUUUCGACAUAAAUAUUUCUCUCUUCGAUAUACUGCAUGAGAGUCUCUUUCCGGUUUUCUUUACAAAAUUUGGAAAGGGAAUCGAGUUAUAUAAGCCAUGAUAACAUAUUUAUGCUAUUCGUCACAAAUUACGCUUUAUGUUAACUAUAAAUGUGAGCACAUGCGUGCUUGUACGGAUAUACUUAAUGGUAUAUUAAACACGAUUAUUUAGAAAAAAA